CACAAGCUUGCAUUUUUCAUACCACUCUCCGUCCCUUUCUUUCCCCUUGCAGACUCAGAAGUCUUCAAAUCCUCCUCCUCUUUUCCUGCUUCUUCAUCCGCAACUUCAUCUCCAAAGUGUUAGGGAUGACUCUUGACUGGUUUUGAUGAACUUGUCUGCAAAAUUAUAGCACAAAAUAAGAAAGUGCUUUCUUUCGUUUCAUUUAAUGACGGAGGACAUCAAUUCCAUGCCAAGAUUGGUGACUCGUUGGGUUAUCCGAGGAUACGAAGUAUGAAUGUCAAACCAGUUGAAGAAGGCGUAUACGCAACCCUUAGCCUUCUUGCAGAAUUUGAAGCAUCCUUGGGAGGAAUAUUCCAGCUAACUCCCUUCAGGAAUUAUUGCCUUAUAUAUCAGCCCAUUAAUAGCCCACUUUUAUAGCAGUUCGCUACAAAUUACUCCUCUUUCUUCAAUUCUUUAUUGAGGAGAAUGCUUCAGAGAAUUUAACAAGUUUUUAAAUGGAAAAAGAUGCCCUCGCGCAUGAUCUGAAUGUCCUUGGCCUCAGAGGCCUCUUUCAGAACAGACGAACGGUUUCAAGAAGGUGUAUAACUUGUACGAAAGGAGGGUGGAGAGUGGAGGACAUCCCUUGCUUCCUGCAACUCCAAUGGCAAUGGUGGAUAUUGAACCUAAAUAUGUUGAUAGCGAUAAUGUCAUGAAGAUCCUUGAAGCUGAAGGUGUUGAGUUUCUUCUAUCUUGUGAAGGACAGGUACCCUUGUCAUCUUGCAAUGGGAAAACUAUCUGCCUUUUCUUCUCUGCAAACUGGUACAGGCCUUGCAGAACAUUCGUUCCCCAUCUGGUUGAACUUUAUCGCACAUUGAGAAAUAAGGGUGUAAGCUUAGAGAUUAUCUUCAUCUCUUUUGACCGUGAUGAGGAUGCAUUUCAACAGCACUUCAAGAAUAUGCCAUGGCUGACCGUACCAUUUGAUGUUAAUUUGCACAGAAAACUCAUUAACAGAUACAGAGUGGAUCGAAUCCCAUCAUUCAUUCCAUCGUCCCCAAAGGGCAUCACUGGAGAAGAAGACUGGAUAAGUUGCAUUGAGGAUUACGGUGCUGAAGCAUAUCCUUUCACAACUAAGAGACGUGAGGAAUUGAAAGUCUUGGAUAAGAGAAAGCGGGAAGAAGGAAGUUUGGAAGAAUUAUUGGGUCAUGAAGGGCGCAACUUUCUCAUCUCCAUGGAUGACAGAAAGGAACCAAUAUCUAAACUGGCGGGAAAAACAGUUGGCCUCUACUUUUGUGCUUAUUGGUCUCCUCCUUGCCGUUCCUUUACUGUCCAACUUACAGAAGUAUACAACAAUCUUAAGACAACAACAGACCACUGCUUUCAGAUUGUUUUGAUCUCAACAGACAGAGACAUCCAAGAGUUCAACGUCAACAAAAGUAGCAUGCCAUGGCUUGCUAUUCCAUAUGAAGACAGAACAAGGCAUGACCUUUGUAGAAUCUUUGAUAUCAAAGGCAUUCCAGCAUUAGUUCUCAUUGGACCAGAUGGUAAAGUCACAAGUAUGAAUGGGAAGUUUAUGGUAUGCACUUACGGCUCUGAAGCUUUCCCAUUUACAGAAUCAAGGAUAAGGGACAUAGAAGCAGCUCUGAGAAAGGAAGGAGAGGCUUUGCCUCAAGAGGUUGAGGAUGUGAAGCACGAGCAUAUGCUGAAGUUGGAUAUGGCCAAAGCAUACGUUUGUGAUUUCUGUAAAAAACAGGGAAGGUUCUGGGCUUUCUCUUGUUGUCUCUGUGAUUAUGACCUUCACCCUAGUUGUGUUGAAGAAAAGGUGAACGAAGAUGAUAGCUUGUAAAACAACACGAUCACACCACUUCUAAGUGGGCAACCGAGUUAUAUUAACUAGAUAUUCUUUA